AUGUUGGGGAAAAAGGAUAAUAUCACCAAGAUUAAAGCACUUCAGACGUUCCUUGAGACGGUCUUACCAUCUCGUCAACCCUCGGCGAUUCGUCCAAUGCUUGGACACUUUAUUCAGCUCUAUACGUUUGAAAUACGUGAUCAAAAUGAUUCAAAAGUACGUCAGAUGCUCAAUAAAGUACUGUCUGCACUUACGCAAAAGAUGCGACCACGUGCUUUUGCACCACAUUUGCAACGAUUGUUGCCUUAUUGGUAUGUAGCCAUGCACGAUGUGAAUAGGGACGUUGCAAUACUAGCAAAGAAGGCAUUUCAUACGCUCUUUCCAGACACGGACAGGCAGAAGAUGGUCGUGAUGGAACAUUUAGGGACCAUGAUGCAGGAAUUUCAGAGCUUUUUUGGCAAAACACCUGAUACGUUUGAUGGAAUCCCACUGCAACCAGAUGAAAAGGAAGAGCGAUAUGAAAGGUGUAUCUCUGCGGCUAUAUUGAGUAUUGACGCAGUAAUCAAGUUCUACAACGAGCAACAGAUUACACAUUUGUUGUUGGACGAGCAAGCGAGCUGCUCAGUGGCUACGGUCGUGUCGUCCGAUGAGUUUACACGGCUGGCUACUGCAUCGUCAAAGCACCCGAAUUUUACACGUGAUAUUGUGAGAAGAGCGAUGUAUGUCACUCUAGUGACGUUGUGUACGAGCUCCCAGACGAUUGUUGCUGCUCGAGAAGAAGCGUUUGGCAAGGUAAUUCUUGGCACACUUGGCGAUAAGAGCCCAGCCAACCAUGACGCAAUGUGGAAUGCCGUGCUUACUUUUUUGCGAACCUUCCCCAACGUAUGGCAGUCCAGUGCCAGCUUCCCUAACUUUGUGAUCAGUGCGGUUUACCCACGACUUUUUGCGCAGAUCAGACAUGGAUUUUAUGGAUCAGGUCGGUCGUCAUUCCCGUCGCUGCUGCCAUUCUUGUCGAUGGUGCCCUUGAGCGUGGCAGUUGAUCCGUAUAAAGGGCAGUCUGCAUUGUAUACUGGGGUACUGGAGCAGUGUUGGAAAUUUCUCAAGUCAAAAGACGCGCGAUAUUGCGAGCCUCCAGCAAUCACAGCGUUUUUCGAAUGCAUUACUGGAUCUUUUAGUGUUUUCUUGAACGAGACCUUGAAUGCGGCGUGGUUGAGUGAGCAGGAUGCUGAGUGUUUUGAGACCAACUACGUGAACCAAUUUGAGAAAGUGUUUAUGUUGUUGCUAAACGAAGCGCUCAGCUCUUCAGACUUUCCAGAGGGAGAAAUGGCGCUUUUUGCUAGCAGUAUGCUGAAGAUGAGCAGCCGAUUACGGACCUUUUCAACUGGUUCGUUGAUGGUCAAUAGGCUAAAAGACUCUUUAUGCAAAAAGAUUCACGAAUGGACUAGACAAGCAAUCAGCUCGAUGAUAUCCAAGUUAUCUUUUAUACCUUCUAGAGUUAAUGCUCUUAUCAACACAGCUGUUUCUGACGCUAACGAAGAACAAGAAGUCACCCAGUGGUUAUUGACAAGCAAAGAGCUGUAUAGACAAUCUCUUGACCAAAUUGAUGCUCUUGUGGUGGAAUCUACAUUUUUGACGGAAAAAGAUGCCCUAGUUGCCAAGUUGCUGGCGGUAAUUAAUGGCGUUUGCAAAACGCAUCCUUUGGAUUUGCUGUUGGAUGAGGCCAAGACGUCAGUUGAAAGCCAUUUUAAUGUGCACUAUCGCCCUAUUCUCCGCGCCCGUGCUGGUUGGAAGAAAUCGGCCAACAAUAAGAGCGAAACAAACACAAUGCGUAUUGCUUUGGAAGUCACGCGGCCAUUUUUUCUUGCUGUUCAGGACAAGAAGCAGUUUGUUUUGCAGCUUUUUCAGGACAGCGAGGUUCAAUUUGGUGAUUUGGAGGAGGCGAGCAAUAUCAUUCAGUAUGGACUACAAUUUCCGGUUACUGAACAGGGUAUGAAGCUAUGGCUGUCUUGCGGAAGCUGGCAUAAGAGCUAUGAAAGUGGUGUGUUGCUGGGGGAUCAAUUUGAUCCGACACUGGAGGCGCUUCGAGCAAUUUGGCAAGGCAAAUUGGUUGACGAGUUUAUGCUGAUUAGUUUAAAGGGGCGACUUGAUGACUUGGAUGCAAGUGCUUUCGCCACUUUUCUAAAAGCGUGCCUUGGCGGCUUGUCUAGUUCCCCUGUUAUUAGCUCCGACGCAGUAGUGAUCCUGUCUCAUUUUGUGCUCCAAAAGGGAGGCGACCACAGUGAUGUCGUGGUGGUGCAAAUACUGAUGAAUCUCUGUGAGCUGUUUUUUAAAGUGAAUGGAGAACUUCCUCUUCAACUUGAAGCAGUUGAGGGUCAAUUGUACAAGCUGGUAUUUUAUCUAUCAGCGCGAGGAAGCUAUCGAGCCGAAGCGAGCGCGCUUUGGGCACAAACCAUUCGUCAUUCUCUGAAGAAGUGGACGUCAACGCGAACGGAGGUGUUUGUGAACGAGCUGUCUGGGCACGUUAACGAUUUCCUCCUUGCAGAUCCGCAAGCGGACACAGUGGCUUUCAACACUAAGCAGUUUGCAGCAUAUGUCAAGAGCUUUGUGCAGCUUGGUGCUGACCAGGCAUUUUUUACUGUAUCGCAGUUAGUGGAAAAACUGGACGCUGUUAACUUGAGAUGUCCAGAUGAUUCUCGGCAGCGGUUAUUCUAUAGCCGAGUGUUGUCGGGACUGGGGGAAGUCUGUGAAGAUGAACAAGUCGUUGAUAUUUUGCAAACUUACUUUGGAUCGCUGACAUUAACGAGUGAAGAUACGGCAGCUGCACUUAUUGCAAAGUUGGUGGAUCUUGACGUCGCCCACGCGCUGACAUGGGUAGUGUUUCACUCGAAUAACCACAUUCAGAGAGAUGCUACGCUAGUAGAGGUACUGGAACCAUAUUUGACCCUGGAUCACUUGUAUGAAGCACUGAAAUUGUCAUCAGGGAUUAUGGACAAGGUGGUUGCAAAUGCACUUGCAAAGUACCAGGAUAAACUCCAAUGUGAGCCUGCAGAGUAUCGCAACUUUGUUUUCUUAGAUAAGGAUCAGAAUACUGCUGCUGCAAGUCAAAACGUGGAAUUGCUUACAUUCAAACAGCACAAAAAGCUAGAUGAAAUGGUUAUCGGAGUGCUUUUGCUUUCUAGCUCGAUUGCGGCACGCGUGUUAUUCGUGCAAGAGUUGGUCGAUCAGACUGGUGACUGGCAGGCGGAAGCUGCCCAAAUCGCUGCUGUCUCACUGUUGGGUGCAAUUUAUGCGGAUAAGGAAGCUGGUGAUGAAGCCGUUGCAGUUCUAAAGAGGUUCUUUGCUUUAUGCGAUCAUGAUGUAAUCUCCAAGCCCGCAACGGGAUUAUAUCAGUAUUUACGACUAAUGUCGUGGGCAGUCAAAGAAGAGGAAAAAUUAUCGAUGCACGGAUUCCGUCUUGCCAAGCAAGAAGUCAUAAGCAUGUCAACUCAGGAGUCAAUUAUGCAGCGACUUGUUGAGAUGCUAUCGCCUAGUUCGUCAACAGUCGUAGAAAUUGAUGAUUGGAUUGCUAUAGUUGAGUACACAGGGUCACUCUCGGUAUAUUUGGAAGAUGCAACUUCGGGAUUUUGUGACGUGUGGGGAAAGCUGGCAAGUUUGAUAUUAACGCAUGCAAUCGCGGGCAAGUCAGAUACUGCUAAAAUUGCCUCACUUAGGAUCCACAAACGCAGCGCUGUCCUUGGGACGCGCAGGAUAGUCAAGGGUGACGAGGAGCAGAUUGUGCUUGCCUAUUCUACUCAGCUGGUCAUCGCACGGCUGGUUCUGAUGGACCUCAUAAUUGCAAUAUACAAUUGGAAUCCUGACGGACUUCAAGAGCUUGCUGCAUACUACCGGGAAGCUCUUGUGUCUGUGGUGCUCUGCGGUCUCUCAGACAGUGCUGAGCUGAAGGCAAGUAUCGUAACGACGUAUGUAGCCUUAGCAUCUCCGUCAAAAUGCUUUCAGCUUGUAAGUCUCUGGCUUAACGUCGAGAAACUGCUUGCACGUGCGCUUCUGGCAUUGCGUGUAACCCUUCCAAACAUUUAUGACAUUGGUCACGUGAACCGGUUGGUACUAGAAUCUUUUGGUGGUAUCAGUACGCUCGCAUCGCUUUUCAAUGGAAAACGCUAUCCAUUGCAGCCUCUGCUGCGUGCACUGCUGUAUAUUCUUGCUUCGUACAGCGGUGCGCUACGCUUGCGUGACUACGAUGCAAGUGCGAUCGAUAUAAACGCUGAAGAUGAGGCAGCGACCGAGUCCGCAUUGGCCAAGAUGCUCAUUCCAAAGGCAUUCCGCUCAGCACUGCGUGAUGUGUUCGCUGACAACAAUGGUACGGCUUGUACUAAACUUCGCAUGCGUAGCCGUAAGCAGAAGAUGCAGGAGCGGGAGGACAUUAUUGGAAAACUGCUACUCUGGGAUCUGUUCCUGCAACUAUUUCCUUCGAGUGGAAGCAGAGGAGAGACUAGUACUGCUUUUUCGGCGCUAAUUGCGUCUUCCUUGAGCUCGUACGUAACGCGUCACAGAAUGCUCACAAACUUUCUGAACUUUAGUUCUGCGUUGUUAUCUCAAGAGUCCCAGUCUUCGUCAAAAGCAGCAAUCUCAGAACUCAAAGACACGGCGCUGUUUGUCGUAGCGGACUUGAACAAGAGCAAGGACGACGAAACGUGGAGCUUCCACAAGACGCGCGUCUUUGAGCUUGGUACUCGCGUCUUCUUCCGUACAGUGGCUCGUCUUCCAGCAAUGGUACGGUCCUGGUGGAAUGAUGAUUGCUCACGUGCUACACGUAGCUGGGCUGCCAAGUACUUUGAGAACCAUAUCACACCUUCAGUCUUCGCUGCGGAGCUGGAAAUCAUCCAAAUGGCUAGCGAGAGCAACUCGUCCUCUGGCGGUGCUUGGGAUAACGAAGAAAUGACCGUGAAGGGUAGUCGUGUGUCGCGUGAGAUAACGGCAACAUAUGUCAAAGAUGAGUAUGCGCUGGAAAUGGUGGUGCGCGUGCCGUCAUCCUACCCGUUAAGAUGCGUCGAAGUUGAGUGUACGAAACGUAUUGGUAUUUCCGAAGAUCGCUGGCGUCGAUGGGUGCUACAGAUUAUCCGCGUAACAUCAUCCCGCGAUGGCUCACUACUGGACGCUGUUUUGCUGUGGAAGCACAAUGUCGAUAAGGAGUUUGAAGGGGUCGAGCCGUGUCCAAUCUGCUACUUCAUCUUGAACCCCAAGAACAUGAGCUUACCGUCACUACCUUGCAAGACGUGUAGCAACAAGUACCACAAUUCAUGUCUCUACAAGUGGUUUAACCAGUCAGGCAAGAACAAGUGUCCAAUCUGUCAGCAACCAUUCUGUUAA